UGAUUUAAAAUUAAUGUCCUAUGCAUUCAUCUUCACUCUUAUGAGAGCUGGGAAGUGCUAGAACCUAACACCCCACUAAGGUUGGCCAUCACCUCUAGGAGCUAGUCUGUUUCCCUCUGCCCAGCUUCCUCACUAGACCCUACUAUUGGAUUUCCCACCAGAAUCCUUAGUUAAAUGAGAAGGCAUUAACUGAGCGGACUGUUGGAUCCCCUUUCAGAUCAUGAUUUUGGAAGGAAGUGGUGUGAUGAAUCUCAAUCCCAGCAACCAUCUUCUCCACCAACAGCCGGCCUGGACAGACAGUUACCCCACGUGCAACGAUGUGGAAACUGAGGCUGAGAAAACUGGAUACAACUGCUACCAGCCUUACAUUGCAGAAGCUCUGACUGCUACACACUUAGGCACAGCGAGAAGAUUAGGUGGCAAUGUGUGCCCUCCAGUUUCCAGUGGAUUUUUUGGAGGCCAAUGGCACGAAAUUCAUCCUCAGUACUGGACUAAGUACCAGGUGUGGGAAUGGCUCCAGCACCUCCUGGAUACCAACCAGCUUGACGCCAACUGCAUCCCCUUCCAGGAAUUUGACAUCAAUGGGGAACAUUUGUGCAGCAUGACCUUGCAAGAAUUUACCCGAGCAGCGGGGGCAGCCGGCCAGAUCCUCUAUAAUAACCUGCAACAUCUCAAGUGGAAUGGCCAGUGUGGCAGUGAUCCGUUCCAGUCCACCCACAAUGUCAUCGUGAAGACAGAGCAAGCAGAUCCUUCCAUCAUGACCACUUGGAAAGAAGAUAAUUAUUUAUACGACACAAACUAUGGUAGCACAGUAGAAAUGAUGGACAGCAAAACUUUCUGCCGAGCUCAAAUCUCUAUGACAACCACUGGCCACCUUCCGAUUGAUUCACCUGAUCUGAAAAAGGAGCAGGAGCACCCGGCCAAAUCUCACACCAAAAAGCACAACCCUCGAGGGACUCACUUGUGGGAGUUUAUCCGAGAUAUUCUCCUCAACCCGGAUAAAAACCCAGGGUUAAUAAAGUGGGAAGACCGGUCUGAAGGUAUCUUCAGGUUCUUGAAAUCGGAGGCUGUGGCUCAGCUCUGGGGGAAGAAAAAGAACAAUAGCAGCAUGACCUACGAAAAACUCAGCCGAGCCAUGAGAUACUAUUAUAAACGAGAAAUCCUGGAACGUGUGGAUGGACGGAGACUAGUGUAUAAAUUUGGGAAGAAUGCCCGGGGAUGGAGAGAAAAUGAAAAUUAGGGCAGUUGGAACAAAAACCAAAAAACACACCCACACAAACACCACACACAUACCACACACACACACACACACAC